CCAACAAGUUUGGCAGUCCAGGACAGUUUGGCAGCCCAAGUGGUGGCCACAUGCUGGCCUCUGACCUGAAGAUGUACCCCGACACAGGGGUUGGUUUCAUGAAGUCUGGCGGAGCCUCCUACCAGCCCUCUUUUAAUCAGACUGGUGUGGGGCCUGGCUACCAACCGUCUGUGGGUGGUGGAGGUGGCUGGAAGAAGGCAGCUCCCUUGCCAGCUGUUGGUGGCAACAAGAAACCCAGCGAGGCCGUCAGUUACGGACCAGGGCCCCGGAGAACAGACUGGGCAUCCAAGUACCUCAAGUCCUGA